ACGUACUUCAACAUACUAUCGACUCCUCAACCUUGAAGAAGUUAUAUCUGUACAUAUUCUCAGCUGUCAAUUCCCCAAUCGUCUAGCUGAAGAUGUCUACGACAGAAGUAACUUUGCCCGCUGAGGUGGAAGAUCUCAUAGAUGAGUUUGAUACAGCCACCAGUGAUCUGGCGUCACACCUCGAACCGAUUUUGAACUGUAAUCAAGAGGAGCUCAAGGCUAAACUGACUCCGGCAGAAAGAGCGCAACUGGAGCUAGCUAUGGCAUACGCAGCGUCAUCCAUGUUUUGGAUGUACUUAACAACAACAGGUGUCGACCCUCGAACUCAUGCCAUCAAGGGAGAGCUUGAUAGAGUAAAGGCUUACAUGGGUAGAUUAAAGGAGGCAACCGCGCCUAAGAAUGCAGCCAAGUUAGAUAUGGCGGCGGCCGGUCGCUUUAUUAGAGGAGGGCUGGCGGAUGCUGAAGCCGAGGUUAAGGAGAAACUCACGGCCAAUAUUGAGAAGGCGACGCAAGAGAAUGAGGUAGCAACCUCGAGAGGAAAAGCCCGAAAAGAAGCAAGUGCUACUGAGGAGGUACAAGAUAAAGACACGAGUAGUAAGAAACGGAAAAAGUCAUCAGGCAAAAGUAGUAAUAAGAAGAAGCGCAAGGCCGAGUAGUUCGUAUACUGCACGUCUUGACGGCUCACCACACACCCAUGUACAUAAUACACGAAGAAAAAUAGAAAUUAUUAUAAGU